AUGGCCUCUGUGGAAAGUGGUCAAACAUCUGAUGAAGAAUAUGAGUACGUUUACACUGUCGACCAUCGCGAAAACAAGAAGCCACCCAUAUGUCAGCUACAAAUCAAUGGAAGGAACGUGAAUAUGAUGAUCGACUUGGAUGCAUCUGUUAAUCUUCUAGAUGAAACAACCUUUCAAAGAAUUAACAGCCACGGCAGUGAAAGCCUGCAAUCUGUUCACACCAAGAUUUAUUCAUAUGGACCUAAAGUCCCUCUUCCAACCCUGGGAAUUCUCACUGCAACAAUGAAAUCCAGCAAUGCGAGCACCUCUGCCCAGCUGAUUGUUGUUAAAGGAGAAAACCGAAAUCUCAGCUAUCACAUUGCGAAGAAACUAGGUCUGAUUGCGGUUUCUAUUAAUACUGCCACCGUCACUGAAAGAAACAAAGACGACCCGGAGUCUCUAAAAGAAGAGUUCAAAUCAAUCUUUGGAGGCAUAGGGAAAGUACCAAACAAACAAGUGAAGUUACAUAUAGACCCCAAUGUUACACCCCAACAGCAACCCUACAGACGAAUUCCAUUUCAUGUUAGAGACGAUGUCGAAAAAGAGCUUGAGAGACAUCAUCGAGAAAGUUGA